AUGCACUUGUUUUACUACCAGCAGGGCUUGUUCGCAGAAGAGGAAACAAGCUCCACCUGGAACUUACUUGGCCAGGUUGUGUCGCCAACAACACCGCCACGGCAGCCCGUGGAGUCGCCAGGCGUCGAGGAAAUUCAGCUACCUCGUGGCGAAAGCGCUGAAGCAGGUGCCGCCGCUGAGGAGACUGAAGAUCGCGAGAGCAGGCUGAGGUCACUUCGAACGAAGCGUGCAGAGCUGGAGGCCAAGCUGCAGGCAGGCGCACUGCGUGCAGAGAACGAGGUCCUGGAAGAUCGCGUGAUGCGGGCUCAGGAGGAUUUCUUGGGCUUGCAAGCGGAGUUCAAGGCCAUGAAGGAACAGCACAACGAACGCCUAGAUUCGCUUCGGCUGGCUUUGGAGGAGCAGCAGAAGGAUGCCGAGCAGGCGGACCGGCGCGUGGUCUGUGCCGAGGAUCUGGUGCGCUUCCACCAGGAGCAGAGGAGGAUGAUGGCGAGCCACUGGAAGCAGCAGUGCCAGAUGAAGGACGAAAGGAUCCGAUACCUGAAUCUUCAACUGACAGAGUACACGAUUGACUGGCAGCAGCUGGGUGUCCAAAGACAAACAGAGGCAAGCCUGUCCCACGAGCACUACUGCCUGGAGGACCGUCAUCGACACCUCCUGCAGACCCAGCGCAGCCUGACAGCAGAAACCUCGAGGCUGGAGUCGCGUCUCCAACAGGCGAAUGCUGAGGUGAAGCCUCCUGUUUUGGGAUGGUUUGGGGGCCAGCUUAAGGCCGUGGUGGACCUCUGUCUCACAUCUGGGGCUUCCUGGGACGUCUCUGCUGUCGGCCCUCCUGGGAAGCUCCGAAACGCCACGGGCCAAUCCAGGAAGCUCACCUCACGGAGGCGCUGCGCCUCGCCGAGGCACCGCCGAAGGACGCAGGAAGAGGGGUCUGCAGACUCACUUUCGGGAUAA